AUGUUUCAUGAGUCAGUCUCUGGUUCCGUGAAGAGUUCCAUUAAUGCCAAGAAUCAAUCGCUUUCUAAAAGGUUCGCACUUCAACGCAUGAACGGCCAUCCUUUCAUUCCCCUUCCCCCACCGCCAUUUUCAAAAACUCCACACCGAUCGUUUAUACAAAAAGCAAAAGCAGCAUUCAUACUUGCCCUACCUCUUGAGAGCGUUGCACUCUUGAUCGCGAGGGACAAAUUGCACCGCCAACAACAUCAAGGCCCGAGCGACGUAUUUACCAAGAGAAAACCACCUAUGGUGAUCGGAAAUCAAGACCCUUCCGUCCCAACUCGCAGAGGUCUGAUCGUCGGGAAUUAUUGCCAUGAUGUGUUGAUCAAAGACGACGUCGUAAUGACCGAGUCUCUCGGGGGUGCGGCGUCGUUUAUCUCCGCCGUGCUCGACGGCCUCUCAAUCUCCUCCGAUUACAUUGCUAAAGUCGGAACUGACUUUGCUUACACCGUCAAUCACCCUCCAAUCAUUUCAUCUACCUCAAACACCACUCUCUUCCACGCCUAUUUUUCAUCUGAACCCUCCGAAAUCAGACGCCAAGAUCGGAUCCUCAAACGGGUCCGCUGUUGCGAACCGAUUUUCCCCUCGGAUCUCCCAGAAUCAGACUUCGAUUUCGGCAUGGCCAUUGGGGUUGCGGGAGAAAUUUUGCCCGAAACCCUAGAGAAAUUGCUAGAUAUAUGUAAAUUUGUGUUUGUUGACAUUCAAGCCCUAAUUCGUGAAUUUGACUGUGUUGAUGGAACAGUGAGGCUUGUUAGAUUGGAGGAAAGUGGAUUUUUUCAUUUGCUACCGAGAAUUGGGUUUCUGAAAGCGUCGGCGGAGGAAGCGCCGUAUGUGGAUGUGGAGGCGGCGAGGAAGUGGUGUUCUGUGGUGGUGACCAAUGGGAAGGAUGGGUGUAAGGUGUAUUGGAAGGACGGUGAAGUUCAGAUUGACCCAUUUCCGGCAGUACAGGUUGAUCCCACCGGCGCUGGGGAUAGUUUUCUCGGUGGCUUUGUGGCGGGGUUUGUGCAAGGGUUGGCGGUGCCGGAUGCUGCAUUGCUGGGGAACUAUUUCGGGUCGCUGACUGUUGGGCAAAUUGGGCUUCCCAAGUUCGACUUGAGGUUAUUGCAGAGAAUUAAGGAUGAGGUUCAGAAGAUGGAAUGCAUUAGCUGCCAUGAGAGACCGGACGAUGAAUGGAAGAAGUUCGUAAAGUCAUUAGGCCACGAACAGUUCCGCGCUUUACUUAAUGCAGCCAAAUCAAUACUCCAGGAAUGUCCAUGGAAUUUACCACGAUCAAGUAUACCGGUAGAGCCAGUUGUCCACUCACAAUACAGUCGUCAGCCAAAAUUAUUACCAGACACUGUGUAUGAAGAUCCAAUUAAUACAGCUGAAAGCUAA